GUGCUGCCGGAGCUCAGCCGAGACUCGCUGGGAGGAAAGGAGAGUGGGCAAGGCCGGUCGGUGCGGCCACAGCUGAGCCGAAGACCUGCGGGCACUCUCGGCUCGGCCGAAACCGGGCAAGGAUUUCCCCGAAACUCUGGUUGGGCCUGCGUAGACGGUGUACUCCAUCAACCCGGACUCACAUCUGGGCCCUGCGCGAACGUCCUUGAGGCGGGGACGCCUGUGUUCUGGGCACAAGAAACAAGCGAGCGUCUUAAAACUGACUGUACUUAACACUCGAUGAAAUACGGUACCUCCUGCGGGCGGAGGCGGCCAAGCUCCUUGGGGCCCCGCCCCGCUGCCCCUCCCCUCCCGCGCCAGCGCGGAGCUGCUGAGCCAGCCCCUAGCGUACGACCCCGCCCCCUGGACUCCGCUCCGACCCCGCGCAGGCGCGGAGCCACCAAGCCAGUCCCUCGUGCCCGCGACACGCGCGGAAGUGGCGAUGGCGGAUCCUGAGCUGCAGCUGGUGGCGCGGCGCAUCCGCAGUUUCCCCGACUUCCCCAUCCCGGGCGUGCUGUUUAGGGACAUCUCGCCCAUCCUGAAGGACCCCGCCUCCUUCCGCGCCUCGAUCAGCCUCUUGGCGGAUCACCUGAAAAAGACCCACGGCGGCAGGAUCGACUACAUUGCGGGCCUAGACUCACGUGGUUUCCUGUUUGGUCCGUCCCUGGCCCAGGAGCUGGGCUUGGGCUGCAUUCUUAUCCGCAAGCGAGGGAAGCUGCCGGGCCCCACCGUGUGCGCCUCUUAUGCAUUGGAAUAUGGGAAGGCUGAACUGGAGAUCCAGAGAGAUGCCUUGGAACCAGGGCAGAAGGUGGUGGUUGUGGACGAUCUGCUCGCCACUGGUGGAACCAUGUGCGCAGCCUGUGAGCUGCUGGGCCAGCUGCGGGCUGAGGUGCUGGAGUGUGUAAGCCUGGUGGAGCUGACCUCACUGAAGGGCAGGGAGAAGCUGGGGGCUGUGCCCUUCUUCUCCCUCCUGCAGUACGAGUGACCCCAGCCCUAAGCCACCUGGAAGAGAGGACCAGCAUGGGCAGGUGGAGCAACCCCCACUGGCUACCUGGAAGAGAGGACCAGCGUGGGCAGAUGGAGCAACCUCCACUGGCUACCAGGGGGCACUGGCUGCCCACCUGGACUUGCUCUGUGUCUGUGGCUGAGUGACUUUCUUCAGGGUAGGGCUGCCCCUGAGGCCCUGCUGGGGCUCUGGAAGCCCUGUGGCCAGGAGCUGCCAGCUGGUUGAUAAUGGAAUGAGA